AUGGAUGGUACAUGCAAUAAUCUUUUCCGUCCGUUACGUGGCGCUGCGUUUCGACCUUAUAAUAGAUUGCUACUCCCAGAAUAUGAUGAUAAACUUUCAGAGCCAGUUGUUAGUCGUUUGAUACUUUCAUCUCGAAAAUCAGUACAACAUGGAGAAUACAAUGCUUUAUUAAUGCAAUGGGGACAAUAUCUCAUUCAUGAGAUGGCCAAAACAACACUUGUACCAUCGGCCAAGUGCAAUAUUUGCCAGAAUAUUCGUGGCCGAUGUAUGGCUGUGCCUAUCUUACCAAAAGAUCCAAAUAAAACUUUCAAAUCUAAUAGAUGCAUUCGAGUGUCACGUUCUAGUGCCAUAUGUGGUUCCGGAAAACAAAAACCACGACAACAGCUUAAUGAAAAUACUAAUUUUAUUGAUGGAUCACCAAUUUAUGGAUCUAGUGUUGGAGAUUUGCAUAAAUUUCGAGAAGGUAAGACAGGUUUUUUGAAAACAGUUUUCUUUAAUGGAUUCCGUUUGCUACCAUUUGAUACAAGAACAUGCCGGAAUGCUGCAUCCUGUUCAGCUAUUUUCAUCGCCGGUGACAGUCGUAUAAACUUAUUUAUAGGCCUUAGUUCUUAUCACAUUAUCUUAACACGAGAACAUAAUCGAUUGGUUAAUGGCCUACGAAAGUUAAAUCCACAUUGGAACGGUGAUCGAUUAUUUAUGGAAGCAAGAAAAAUUGUUGGUGCAGAAGUUCAAGCUAUCACUUAUAGAGAAUUUUUACCCGCAAUUCUGGGAAAUGCAUUUGCAACAACAGUUGGUCACUAUCGUGGGUAUAAGCAGAAUGUUGACCCUACUUUGGUCAAUGAAUUCAGUUCAGCAGCUUUUCGAUUUGGUCAUGGAAUGAUUCAGGAAAUUUAUCUACGAUUAGAUCAACAUUUUCAUAACACUUCGUUGGGAAGUUUUUCAUUUGUUGAAGGAACAUUACAUACCGAUCGUUUGAUAUUUGGUGGUGGCAUUGAUCCCAUUUUGCGUGGUAUGAUGAUAUUACCUGUAAAACGACCACAACGACUUACGAGAUCGAUAACAGAAAAUAUGUUUGGUAAUACAGACUUGGGUACCAUUAAUAUACAACGUGGUCGUGAUCACGGCUUACCGUCAUAUACGCGAUUUCGACAAUUUUGUGGACUUUCACGUGCUACCACGUUUAAUGAUUUUUCACGCGAAAUUAUGAAUCCUCAAAUACGAGCAAAACUAAAGCAAAUUUAUGGUACACCAGAUAAAGUAGAUUUAUUUGUGGGUGGUUUACUAGAAGAUCCUGUCCAACGAGGUUUUGUUGGACCAACUUUUGCAUGUAUAAUUGGACCACAAUUUCAAAGGACACGAGAUGGUGAUCGGUUUUACUAUGAGAAUCCAGGUAUCUUCACGCGAGCUCAACUGUCUGAGAUACGUAAAAGUAGUUUCUCACGUUUACUAUGCGAUAAUGGUGAUAAUAUCAGUAAAGUACCACGUGAAGCAUUUCGGAUUGGUCAGAUGACAUCAUGUGGUCAAAUAUCACAAAUAGACUUAUCAAAAUGGAAGGAAUAA